CGCUCUUCCAGUUUCCAUGUAACCUUCCCGACCGGACUUUGAACCUUCCCAUUGGAGAACCAAGAAACCUUCUUUCUUCUUUGGUGUCUCUGGUCGUAAGAUUCCUUUCCUCCAUUUCCAAAUCUCUUGCUAGAUCUCUUCUUCGAACAACAACAUCGUACUUCCCCUCGGGGUUUCCCGAUCUGGGUUUGGUCGGAUCCGAUUCCUCGGAAGCAACGAAUCUCGACGGCUCCUUCUGGCCUUUUUCCCGGGAGGCGAGAUUCCCAGGAAAAGGAGAGAAAAUUCUUUGCUUCUGUUUAGCUGGCAAGCUUCAAUCUUCGCGUGCUGCUUGAUCUGGUGAAGGAGUUUCCUUAUUUGGUAAGCAAUUGUUGGCAGGACAUAGUUGCCUAGGCCGUGUUCCGUACCACGGGUUUGUCUUGGUUUCCCGAAUUAGGUCUGUUUUCGGGUGUUGGAUCAUCAAAUUUCGAUUCACGGUGGUGCGUUUCGUUUCUGGCAAAGUUCCGGGAUUUAUCUGUUUUAUGUGAUAAUCUACGCCUAUUUUGUGCGAGUAAACACGACUGGAAGGUGGCAUUUGGAAAUUUCCUCGGGUUCCAGGUAUUUAUCUCCAUUUUCAGAUUAGUUUGCUCUGUCUGAUAAUGGAUGGUCGGAUUUGGGUUUUAGGGUUCAUCUAAUUUUGCUGAAGUUGCAAACUCUUCCCUGUUCCAUAUGAUGCUUAGAUUUGGUUCUUUGAGUGUGAGGGGAUAGUUUACUAGGCGUUGGUUUUGUGGCUUUUGGAGGUUCUAAGACAUGGAACAAAUAUUUGGAUUAGACUUGUGAAGAUUGGUUUCGACUUUGUUGUUAAUACUCCUGAGACAUGGCUACCAUUGAUGUCUCAAAGUACCUUCAUAGCCCUGUUCACAAGGCUGUCGUCCUUAGAGAUUACGCCGGUCUCAGGAGAAUAUUAUCUGCUCUCCCACGUCUGUCUGACCCGGCUGAGAUCAAAACCGAAGCAACUUCAAUAGCCGAGGAGGCGAAAGCUGAUUCCAUAGCUGCUGUCAUCGACAGGCGUGAUGUUCCUAACCGGGACACGCCUCUUCAUUUGGCUGUCAAACUCGGGGACAAGACCUCAGCAGAGAUGCUUAUGGUGGCAGGAGCGGAUUGGAGCUUGCAAAAUGAGCAGGGAUGGAGUGCUCUCCAAGAGGCUAUCUGUAGUCGAGAAGAGAUGAUAGCCAUGACUAUCGUGAGGCCCCCCCAGCCACUGGCUUGGGCAAAAUGGUGUAGGAGAUUGCCUCGGGUCGUGGCCACAAUGCAUAGAAUGAGGGAUUUCUACAUGGAGAUCACUUUCCAUUUCGAGAGUUCGGUUAUACCCUUCAUCUCCAGAAUUGCACCAUCAGAUACUUACAAGAUUUGGAAGAGGGGUGCGAAUCUUAGGGCUGAUAUGACUCUGGCUGGAUUUGACGGUUUUAGGAUUCAGCGGUCGGAUCAGAGCAUACUCUUUCUUGGAGAUGGGUCGGAGGAUGGGAGAGUCCCGCCCGGGACUCUCUGCAUAAUAUCCCACAAGGACAAGGAGAUCAUGAACGCUUUAGAAGGUGCGGGUACUCCGGCAUCAGAAUCAGAAGUCCGUCAAGAAGUGGCUGCCAUGUCCAAGACUAGUAUUUUUAGACCUGGGAUAGACGUUUCUCAGGCCAUUCUUUUCCCACAGUUGACAUGGAGGCGGCAGGAGAAAACUGAAAUGGUUAGCCAAUGGAAAGCUAAGGCGUACGAUAUGCACAAUGUGGUUGUUAGUAUAAAAUCCAGGAGAGUGCCGGGAGCGAUGACUGACGAGGAGUUCUUCUCGAACUCUGCCCAAGAAAACGAAACCGAGAGUGAGGAUCUGGAAGAUAUCUUGACAGAAGAAGAGAAGAAACAAUUAGAGUUUGCUCUCAAGUCGGGUUCUCCAGACUGUUCUAACGAGAUAGCUCGACCUCGGCAUAGUUUCUCACAUGAAGAUCGGGAGAUUCCAAUUGAGGAUGCCAACGGUGAGAUGAAACAGGAGAAGAAAGGAUGGUUCAGUGGCUGGAGGAGACGAGACACGUCUAAGAACGAAGGGCACAAGCGAAAUAUUCCCCCUAGAAGUUCUCUUUGUGCUGAUGAGAAAGUAAGCAACCUUCUUGGGGAUGAAAUGCAAUCUGGUGGAGAACAGACAAAACCUGGAAGACAUUCAGUUGAGGCUGUCGUGAGGGAUGAUAACCGAGUCAUACGAGAUUCGAAAGCAUCGACAUCAGAUGGUGGGAAUCAUCAAAAGGAAGGGAGCUCCCGAGAGAACGAGUACAAGAAAGGGCUGAGACCAGUUCUUUGGCUUUCUGAAAGCUUUCCUUUACAAACAAACGAACUUCUACCAUUGCUUGAUAUACUCGCAAACAAGGUCAAGGCAAUACGCCGUUUGAGGGAGCUGCUGACUACGAAACUGCCCUCGGGGACAUUUCCAGUCAAGGUUGCUAUUCCAGUUGUGCCUACAGUCAGAGUGCUUGUAACAUUCACAAAGUUUGAAGAACUACAACCGGAUGAUGAAGACGAGUUUGUAACACCGCCAUCAAGCCCAGUUUCUUCUUAUUCGGUGAAGAACAGUCCUAGAGCUGUAACCCCGACCUCGAGUUCCUCCUCAUGGUUCCAGUGGAUGAAAACACCAAAUCAGCGGCCAACAAGCUUGAGUUCCGGAAGUUGUGGUAUUGGAGGUGGUAAAGCAGAAGACGAUCAAGACCCCUUUGUGAUUCCACAGGGUUACAAAUGGAUCACAGCUGAAGAGAAGAAGAAGAAGAUGCAAGAGAAGAGCAAAGCUAAGAAGGGCAAGCGUCAGAACUCCUGAAAGCAGUAACUUCUCUCUCUCUCUGUCUGAAAACCCUAAAUUUGCUUAGGAAGAUCUACCAGACAACUCUUAGAAAGACUGAAAUGAGGGGACAAGUAUUCAACAAGGAAAAGAAAUGUCAGCUCUCAUGAUUACUCAGUGUUCUUUUUCUUCUUCUUCAUCAUAUAUUCUUGAAAUGAUUUGUAUGGCCAUACGGGGAUGCAAGUGUUGAAAGCAUCUGUUUCUAUCAAAAGGUUCCGAAAGUCUGUGUUCUUACAUUGACAGUUACAGACAAGAACCGCUAUGUAACCCAGAUUCUUGGAACUGCUGAUAAAUUAAUCGAAUCUAUCUUCUUACC